GCCGGCGUUCAGUGCAAUAUUAUGGCCCGGCGUCAAACUAUGAGGGCUGUGCGCUAGACAUAGCAAUUCUAGUGUCGCCAGGAACCGGCCUGCAGUAGGCAUUUCGUAGGUCGGAAGCAUUAGAAUGAGCGCCGCGCUAAACAUUUACGGCAAUGUGACAUGGAGGAGCGGCGAUGCGCAGUCCAAACUUCGCGCACACGCGUGUUUGCGACUGCUCACAGAGUCAGGCUACCGGCUGCCCCUUCCCGAGCUCGCGGAUGCGCUUGCAACCAUGGGAUCGACGCUUGGGCUGGACAUUGAGGACACGCUGGCCCAGGACCGGUGUUUCGUGCUCAGGGAGCGGGAUUCGCAGGCGCCCACUGUGGAGCUCGACACUGCAGCCCUCAUGGCAGCGGGAAAGGAUGCUAUCAAAGAGCUCAUUGAUCGGGCGUGGCCGGCGGCGGAAUCGCCACUAACCUGGGCGCGAAACAAGCUGGCCGGGUACAUCGUGUCGCGCCAGACACUGGACAUGCGCGCCGGCGACCUCUUCACAGCGCCCGUGCAGGAGGCGGAGAGCUACCUGGCCGCUGCCUGGACGUCCCGCAUGGAGCACCGCGGCGGCGGCGAGCAGGAGGGCGGCCGCGGCGGCGCCGCCCCGCCGGAUCUGUCGGCGGUGGUGUGCGAGGACGCCUGCCUGCAGCUGACCCCGGCCGGCGUCAAGCUGGCCUUCGCGGCGCUGCUGCACGGCUCGGCUGCCUGCCUGCUGGACGACGCGGACGGCGGCGAGCUGGCGGAGCUGGGCAUGGUGGCGGUGGCGGUGGAGGAGGGCGGCGGGGAGGAGGGCGGGGCGGAGGGGGAGGGCGAGGAGGCGGGCGGACACGGGCACGGGCACUCCCACGGCGGCCACGGCCACGGCCACGGACAGCCCUACUCCGGCCACUCCCACCACCACCACCACCACCAGCAGCAGCACCAGUACAGCGGCAGCGGCCAGCAGCAGCAGCAGCAGGGUGGGCGUGUGGGCUGGCCGCUGCGCCCCGACCUGCUGCACACCUACUGCCGCGCCGUGUUCGGCGGCGGCCCCGGCGGCGGCCCCGGCUCCGCAGGCGAGCAGCUGGCGCUGGCCGCCGCGCUGGCGCUGGUGGAGGCGGGGCGCGGCGGCGGCGGCGGCGGCGGACUGCCGCGAGGCCCGCCCGGCGACUACGACCCGCUGCGCUUCCGGCUGGCGCUGCCGGCACUGGCGGCGGAGGUGCGCGAGGCGGCGGGGCCCAACGGCGGCUUGUUGACGGGGCCGGGCUGGGGCGUGGGCCCCCUGCUGACGCGGCUCAAGGAGCGUGUGAGCAAGGGCGUGUUCCGAGUGCUGGCGCCCGAGGAGCUGCAGCGGGAGCUGGAGGACAGGGCGGCGCAGGCGGCGGCGGCGGCGGCGGACGCGGCGGCGGAGGGCGGCGGCGCUGAGGGUGGUGCCGGCGGCGGCGGCGGCAGCGGCAGCGCGGCGGCGCUGCUGGCGGAUGAGCCGGCUGGGGAGCUGGGCGAGUGGGGCGCGGAGCCCAUGCCCGAGUCCGCGCCCGGUGGAGGUGGCGGCGGCGGCGGCGGCAGGGCGGCUGCGGCUGCUGCUGCGGCUGCUGCCGCGGCUGCUGCGGCUGCUGCUGAGGAGUGUUCCGACCCGGUGGCUGUGUUGGAUCUGGACGCGCUGAGGGAGUGCGUGGUGGAGGCGCUCAUUCGCUACGCGGAGAUCGCCUUCGCCGGCCCCCGCGCCGCCGACCUGGUCCGCCGCACCGCCGCCUCCCACCUGGCCGCCCGCACCCGCUCCUUCGCCGGCCGCGCCCACUGCGUGCGCCUGCCGGUGCUGGGCCGCGCGCUGGGUGAGGCGCUGCCGCCCGAGGCGGGAUUCGACCCGGGGCGGCUGGGCGGGCUGGCGCGCAUGGUGUCGGCCGAGUCCAGCAGCGCCGUGCUGCACGUGUUCAAAAAGGCCAUCCCCACACCCGGAGGAGGAGGAGGAGGCGGAGGUGGGGUGCUGAACGCGAUGCAGCAGCACCUGCAGCUGGGGGGCGCGGAGGCGGGCACGGUGGGCACCUACGUCACCCUGAAUGUGGGCAAGCUGCUGACGGCCGCGGGCGUGAGGGAGCUGGACGGCGGCUACGGCAGCUACAACAUGGGGGCAGGAGGAGGGGGAGGCGUGAUGGGGGGGCAGGGAGGCAGGGCGGGAGGAGGGUACGGCACUGCGGGCGGGGGCGGCGGGUACGGAGGCCGCAGCGGCGGCUACGACAGCGGCUACGGCCAACAGCAGCAGCAGGCGGGGGGUGCUGGAGGCGGCGGCGGGGGCUAUGAGCAGCGGCGCGGCACUCGCGACUCGUACGGCUCCUCCUCCCACACCGGCCAGCCGUACGGAGGGGGCGGCGGCGGCGGCGGCGGCGGCGGCGGCGGCGAGGGCAGUGCUGUGCGGCAGGCUGUUGUGGCGCUGUUCCUGGGUGACACGCCGGAGCCGGCGGCGCUGAGGGCGGCGGCACUGGCGCUCAUCAGCGCACUGCACAGCCAGCCGGGCGGGCUGCUGCCGCUGAGCCGGCUUGAGGAGGUUGUGCGCAACUACGCCGCCGCCCGCACCGCGCCGCCGCUGGAGCAGCUGCUGGCGGCGGAGGCCGAGGUGUUCGAGAUGCAGGAGCACUGGCCGGGCGGACCCAAAGGGGUGCGGCUCAAGGCUGCGGCGGCCCUGGCCAAGGCCGCCCGCCUGCCGCCCGCCACACUGGCCGCCGCCGCCGCCAGCCCAGCCAUGCGGCCGCGAGAGGGCUCCGGCGCCGCCGCCGCCGCUACUGCCCCGGCGGCACCCGGCGGCGCCGGCGGCGGCGGCUCCUUCGGCCGCCUGUCCACAGCCACGUCCAUUGACGAGUACGGCUCAGCACCCUACCACGGCGGCGGCGGUAACAGCCACACCUACCCAUCCAGUCACCACAACCAGAACGGCGGCGGCGGCGGCGGCUCAACCGCCAACGACUACGGCGAGCCGCCGUACCCGCUGCGGCCGGGCGCGCCCAACUGCCGCUUCUACAUGCGCACUGGCAGUUGCGGUUACGGCGCCUCGUGCGCCUUCAACCACCCCCGCAACCGCCACGAGGAGGGCGGCGGCGCCGGGGAGCCCAACAGUGGUUACGGCGGCGGCGGCGGCGGUGGCUACGGCCACAACCACCAGGCGGCGGCGGCGGCGGCCCCUGGCGGCGGCAACGAACCGGCCUGGUACCACACGCCCGUACCGCCGCCUGCCGCGCCUGCGCCGCCGCCCCCGGCCCUGCAGCUGCCCACCGCGGCGCCGGUGCUCAGCGGCCCGAGCGUGUCGGGUGGCGGCGGCGGCGGCGGCGGUGUGGGGCUGGGUGGCGGCGGCAUGAUGGGGCCGGCGGCGGCGGCGGGCCUGGCGGCGGCGGAGCAGACCUCCCCGCUGUGGACUGCCCGGCCCGUGUCCGCCCCCCUGCGCAGCCAGGCGCUGCUGGAGGUGGCGGCGCUGCCGCUGCUGUGGACCGCCCUCAGCACCCGCCUGGCAGCACUGCCGGGCCGGCUCAGCCAGGCGGCGGGCGACCGGGCGGCCGCGGACCCCGCGGGAGGCCACCACGGCGCCACAAACACCACCACCACCACCACCGGCACCGGCACGGGCGGCUUCGUACCACUGCACCUGCCGCACCAGCCCUUUGCCGCACUGGGCGGCGCGCGGCCCCAGCAGCAGCAGCAGCAGCAGCAGCAGCAGCAGCAGCAGCCGUACCAGCAGCAGCAGCAGCAGCAGCAGCCCUACCACCAGCAGCAACAGCGCACCGACAACCGCGGCUACGGCGCGGGUGGCGGCAGCGGGUACGGCGCAACCGGUGGCGGCGGCGGCGGCGGCUACGGCGCCACGGGCGGCGGCGGCGGCACGCGGCAGCCCGGGUACGGAGGGGCCGGGUACCCCGCCGCUGCCGGAGGAGGCGGAGGGGGAGGGGGUUACCGCGACUACCGCAAUGACUACGGAGGAGCUGGCGGGGCAGCGGGUGGCGGCGGCGGCGGCAGGAGUGACGAGUACGGCGGCGGCGGCGGCGGGCGCCCACGCGGCACGGGCUUGUGGUGAGGGGUGAGGGGGGUGCGCCAUGACCAUUGCGCCAAUGCAGGUGAAGAUGAAGAGGCAGGUGUAAGACACAGGAUGUGACACGCCUGUCACACGAAUUGAGGCUGCGCUCAAUGACAUAAAGCGACACAACACAACGAUCAGGGCUCUUGUGCACAUAUGGUGUGGGACGCAGCGCGCGCAACAUGGCAAACAAACAGUGGCAGGGGCCGCACGACAUCUGAGAAUGAGAGAUGGGCUUCAACAUCACGGAACUUUGGAUGAUGUUGAUUCUGAUGGGGUGGGGUAGGAUUGAGCGCACGAGGUUUGUGGGUGCCACAGAGCACACCUGUGAAAGCAGCAAGAGCAGCUGUGCCCGGAGUGAUGUCCCAUUCGUACAUAGCGCGUUGCGGCUGACUCCGAUUUGAGGAGGGGUGUUGCUCGGAUGAUGGGUUGUCUCAAGAGCAGUGUUGCCUAGUCGUUGGGCUCGGUGGCGGCAGGCGGCACCGGGGUGUGCAGGGCUGGAGCCCGGUGCUCGACUGGACAUGGCAGGUGAUGGGGCGGGGCGCUGGGGCGGCACCGAAUGCGGCGGGGUACUGGACUAGCAGCUGAUGAGGGGGGGGGGCUCGAGAUACUGGCGGCUGUGGCUGUGGGGUGUGGGCAUGCGCAGCGUUGUUGAGGUGGAUGCGAGGUGUGAGGCGUGAGGCGGGGGACCAGCUGGGAUAGCGCCAAGUUACCGAUGAGUCGGGGAGGAGGUGCGGGCAGCAGGGCAAAGCUUGGGGCAAAGGCGGCGGCGUACAGGCUGUGGGGCGCGGGUGCAAAGCACUGGUUGCCGGCAAAUGCCGUUCAACAAUGCGGACACGGCCAUUUACUUGUUAUG